AUGGAUGCUUCUCUCCAAUGCAUCGUUUGCCCUGGGCAGCCCCGAUUCUGUGAUAGCUCCCAUUUGUUAACCCACGUUGGCUCCAAGGCUCAUUUGUCCCAUUCAUUCAAACUCACCGUCCGCAGUCACGACGAACACGAAGCCGCUGAACUUCUCGGGGAGUAUGAACUCUGGUCCAAAGCAAAUGACAUCCCCCGGCAGUUGGCCGAGCGCAUGUCCAACAAACAAGCCCGUAACAAGAAGAGAAAGUCGGAAGACAACAACAAAAAACCCCCUCCAAAGAAACGUGCCACUGAUGCCUCUGUUUCAACUCUUUCAACCCUCAUUUCUGAUUGUAUUGAUCCUCGCUUGAAGCGCAUGUCCAACAAACAAGCCCGUAACAAGAAGAGAAAGUCGGAAGACAACAACAAAAAACCCCCUCCAAAGAAACGUGCCACUGAUGCCUCUGUUUCAACUCUUUCAACCCUCAUUUCUGAUUGUAUUGAUCCUCGCUUGACUGAUCCAUUACUUGGAAAACAUGAAGACAUAGAACAUGCUACGUUUACACCCGUCAAUACUCCAAAGGGGUCAACCACUAUGGUCAUAAGUGCACUCUCCUCCACCGGUCCUUUCCUUCGCUCCGGUCGAUUCUCCAACGACUGGCAAUCCGUGGGCACACCACUUCCAAUGAACAGCGACUACCCUGCCCUGCCCGUGACACCCACUCGGCCCCGAAACCGACGAAAGCCCGAAGAGAUUGCCUGGACAUUCUCUCGAGACACUCCCAAGCGCCUUGUGGUCUCUCUUUCCCACGCAUCUGGUGGCGUCGGGGGCAAGGCUCGUGCUGAUGAAAUUGCAAGACUCAAAGGCGUUCUGUGGCCCGGCAUGGAUGUUUUUGACUCUGCUACACUGAAGAUGAAGCUUAAGCGCAAUCAGAAGAAAGACGGUUCCUCGCUGAGGAGAAUGGAAUCGAGUUCCAAGAACGUGAAACCCCUUGAACAGGUCUUUUCUCCAUCCGGUACUCUUCGAUCGGUCCGUGAGAUUACGGGCAAUGUUGAAAUCCACAGCCCACUGAAAGGAGAGAGUCCGAUUCCCCGGCGUCACUUCAACCGCCCCAGAAAACCCACAUUGGAACAAAUUGACCCUAACGUGCUCCGUGCCGUGGACAAGAAACGCGCGAAGACUGCCAGACACAAAGAUGCCAAGAAUACCAAAAAACCCCCCAAGGGACCAAGCAGAUCCCCUCGUUGGUAUCAGCGCACAGCAGAUGAUGUUGUAUCCUUCACAGGUGAAGAUGGUGAAAUGGGUCUUGCUGUCCGAGCAUUUGGAAAGAAGUCACAGAAUGGCUUCAGUAUUUUCACAGAUGAAGAUGACCACAAAUUCUCCCCCAAGGACCAAGAGCGAUCCCGUUCUACUUAUUUUGAUACACUGACUCCCGUGCGUCUUGCUUUGGACGGAAAGUCAAACGCCUUUGGCAUGCAUGGCUCGAAGAUUGGAAUUGGGAAAACCGCAGUCGACAAGGAGAACAUUGAGCCCAUUUUGGAUCCCCAUGGUCGCAUCGAUGCUCACAGCUGGCACUCACCAUUUGCCAAGCGUGCUGCUGCUGACAGAACUGAUCUCUCGCCCGAAUACUUCUUUGAUGAGUCGGUGCUUGACACAUACCAGGACUUCAACAAGAACGGAUACAAUGCCAACCCCCUGCUCGCCCCUGCCAAGGGCCCCAGCUACGACCCAUAUGACCACAGUCACAUGAACCAGACUAACUGGCAAUCAAUGGGCCACCCUGCCCCAUCUGAGGAGACCAUCUCCGAAGGAGAUCAAAACGACUUCUCUUUCAUCUAUCUCCCUAAGAACACUGACUAA